AUGCGUCCAGCUUAUGCAGGUCCGGGCUCUACGCGUUGGAAACCUACACAAGAUCCAGGCAAAACUGCACCAAGUUCAACUUCCGAUGCGAACCGAUCAAACGCAACUGAUGUCAAUUCGGCAAAUUCAAAAGGAGUAUAUAAGCAAUCAAGAAUGAAAAAUCUUAUUAUCGUCUUGAUUUAUUGUCAAAUAAUACAUCUUAAUUGUCAAUUGAUUCUUCAUGAUAUCGAUAAAACUACGAAUGAACAUAUUUGGCAAUAUGAUUGUUUAUAUUAUUAUGUUACUCGUGAAGAACUAGCUUAUCAAGAAUUAUCGAAUUUAAUCAGCGACAUGAUUCCAUAUUGUUUUCGACCGUUAACUAAAACUGAUGAAUUGAUAAAAAGUGUUAUUCAUUCAAACGAUCCACAAUUCACUUUUGUAGAAUUGCGUGAUCGGAAUAUUACUGCGAAAGAUCUCCUUCUUUGGUCAUGUCCAAUUGAUUUAGCUGAAAAAUAUGAAGUGUACUUGAAUACGAACGAUUUGAUAUUAUCGAAUGAAAUAUUUUAUAAUUGUACAAAACCGUGGUUUGGUUUAUUUUGUCAAUACUCAUUUGAAUUUACUGAACAAAUGUUAAUCAACGAUGUUGUUUACAAUCAAUUCCAUCGAAAAAACUCAUAUCUAGGCUCAUCGAAUUCUCCAAUCGAAUUUCCAUGUUAUGUUCAUAUUGAAUGCAAUCGAGGUGGAUCAUUUCUAUGUCUCGAUUGGCGCGAGAUAUGCGAUGGACAUGUCGAUUGUAUUGAUGAAGGUCUCGAUGAGAUGUUUUGUUUCGAUAUGGAAUUGAAUGAAUGUCCAGAAAAUGAAUACCGAUGUCAUAAUGGUUUGUGCAUUCCAUAUCAAUUUUGGGAAAACGGUAUUGGUCAUGCUGAUUGUCUUGAUCGAUCGGAUGAGUAUAAUGAUGUGUCUUAUCCAAAAUCAUGUUUUCAAGAUCCAACAUUUCGUUGUGAAGAACAUUCAUGUCGAACAAAUUGGUAUGAAUUUACAUGUGGCGAUGGACAAUGUGCACAAAAAUUUGAUCAAUGUCAUAAUGGACGACAUUUGUUAUUGAUUGAAACGAUUACUAAACAAAAAAGUGUAUCGGAGAGAUGUUUAGUUGCAAUGAUAUGUUUAACAAAAUUAGUUAAAGAAACUCAUGGAUAUUCCUGUGAUUUUGUUGUGAAAAAUAUUCAAGAUUAUCUUCGAUUUUGUGAUACAAUUUUUCAGUUUCCAUCAUUUCCGAUUCAUUUGGAUCAUAUUCGAUUUUUAUACGAGAAUAUUUCUCUUAAAACGAAUUAUUCGUCCUUAAUUAUCCCUGAUUAUGUUUGUUAUGAUCAAGAACUUUGUGAUUGUUUAGUUCCCAAUUUGAUCUAUCAAAAUCUGACCUGUGUAUUCAGUUCACAACUUGAUUUAGCAUCCAGUAUUACCGGUCAUGUUUGGAUUGAUAUAAUUCUCACACUUAGUUCCCAUUUUCGAUCGUGUUUAACGUCAAAAAUACGACGAAUUAACCAUAUCAAUUCGUCAUCGUUGUAUCAAUGUCGAAAUUCGUCGAAAUUCAUUUCUAAACAUCGUAUAACCGAUGAGAAUCUCGAUUGUUGUUUAGGAGAUGAUGAAGACAUAGAUAAUGAGUAUAGCUGCACAUACAAUCAUCGUUAUCGUGUCAAAUGUUCGGAAGAAAACAAAUGUUUAUCAUCCUUACAUACUGAAGACGAUUGUAUAUUAACGGAAAAGCAAAUUUCGUUCAAAAAUAUUUGUGAUGGUUUGAACGAAAUAACGUUUACUGAUUUGAAAAACGGACAAAAUUAUACUGAUGAACUCGAUUGUUACCAUUGGCCUUGUAAAACGAUUUACACUACAUGUGAUGGAUAUUGGACGUGUCCGAAUGGUGAAGACGAAGAAAACUGUUUCCCAAGUAUAUGCUCUAAUGGAACGUAUUCGUGUAUAUCGCCAUCGAAUUAUUCUCUGAUUUGCUUAUCAUCGGAGAGAAUUAACGACGAAAUCAAUGAUUGCAUUGGUUCCAUAGAUGAAAUGGAAUUCUGUCGACGUGUUUAUCCUUCACAUUUGAAUCCGAAACGUUUCCGUUGUCAAAAUAGUGAUAUAUGCUUGUCACUAUCAGAACUUUGUGAUAAUGUUCCAGCGUGUCCUCUUGCCGAUGACGAAAUCUUUUGUCAAUAUGGAAAAAGUUUUCUAGACGUCUUUCGUUACCUUAAUGAUAUUGAACAGAAGAAAAUCAACCAUUUUUCACUUCAUACAUCACCGAAUUAUCCACGAUUAGAAACUACAAAUGACACACUUUUGUGGACAGUUGAACAGCAUACAAUUGGACAAUAUCAUUAUUCACAAAAGAUUUCUCCUAUUUCACCGUGGUCUUGUAAUCGUGGAUUAACUGUUCGAAUGAAAUCUUACUAUAAAUAUCGAUGUAUGUGUCCACCGAGUUACUAUGGAGAUCUGUGUCAAUAUCAAAAUGAACGAGUUAGUUUAACGUUAGGAAUUAUUAGUGCAGAUAGAUACGAUGUUUUUAUGAUUGUUUUGAUGUUGAUUAAUAAUGACAAAUUCAAAGAAAUUCAUUCUUAUGAAAUGCUGGAAUACAUUGCAAGUCAAAGUUGUGAUUUCAAACAUAAUAUCUAUUUAUUAUUUUCAAGUAGACCAAAAAAUAUUUCGAAGAAUUAUCAUAUUCAAAUUGAUGUAUAUGAAAAACAUGCAAUGAAGUAUCGUGCAAGUUGGUAUUUACCAAUUCCGUUCCUUUUCUUGCCUGUCAAUCGCAUAUCUACACAUGUAUUUAUACCGUCGGAAGAAUUACCUUCGAGUUCGAAUUGUUCGAUCCAAUGUCAGAAUGGUCAGUGUACAAAAUAUGUCAAUCGAAACGACCUAUCUUUCUGUCGAUGUUUAUCUGGAUGGACUGGAUAUCAAUGUGAUAUUCCGAUAGAUUGUCAGGAUUGUUCGGAAAACUCAUUAUGCAUUGGAUCGAUGAAUAAUCGUUCAAUAUGUAUUUGUCCACUAACAAAAUUCGGCCGUCGAUGUGUCUUGACAUCGUCAUGUCCGGAAAAUGCAUGUGAAAACAAUGGACAAUGCAUUCCUUCGGAUAUGCUGAGUAUAUCAAACAAACGAUAUUCUUGUAUUUGCUCAGAUCAAUACUACGGUUCAAGAUGUCAAUAUCGGAAAGCAAAAUUAGAUAUUUAUCUUCAAAAUCUAGAGAUACCAUCGUAUCUGUUAGCAUAUUUCUUUACCGUUUCAAAUCAUUCAGAACCAACAUUAACGAUAAUGAUACAAAAACUAACGCUUUUUCAACGUAUGGUGACUUUUCGUAUUUCAAUUCCAUAUCAUCUUGUAAUUGUUCGUUCGAAUCACAGAUACUACCUUGCUGUUCUUCAUACCAUUCCAAAUCUAGAUUUAGUAACCGAAAUCAAUCCAUCACAAGAAUGUUUUCCUAUUCAAUAUCUAUUCAAUUCAACCGUCAUGUCUCUCCCACGUUUUCAUCGAAUAAAAUAUUAUCACAUCUUAUGUCAAACAAAACAUAGUUUACAUUGUUUUCUCGAUGAAUAUUAUCUUUGUUUUUGCACACAGGAGCGUCAUGCUAAUUGCUUUGAAUUUGAUUCAAAUGAUAAUAAUCUUCAAUGUUCAUCCAAACACACAUGUCUCAACGGUGGUCAAUGCUUACAAGAUCAUCCGACAUGCCCGUCAACGGUUAUUUGUGUUUGUACAGAUUGUUUCUAUGGUAAUCAGUGUCAAUUUUAUAGCAAAGGUCUCGGUUUAACAUUAGAUGAAAUCUUAACUUAUGAAAUCAAGUCUAAUGUGAAUUUAAUCGAUCAAUCUUUUGUGGUUAAACUAUGUGCAUUGAUAACAACGAUUAUUCUUCUCGCUGGAAUUUUCAAUAGUAUUUUAUCAACUAUUGUUUUUAAGAAUAAAACAUCACAGGAAGUCGGUUGUGGAAUUUAUCUCUUUACAUCAUCGAUUGUUUCUCUAUGCAUCGUGAUUCUAUUUGCAUUAAAAUUCUGGUUUCUCAUUUACUCCUAUCGAGAUUUUCUCGGACAGAAAUUCAUUCGUUUUUCAAACUGUAUGAUUAUUGAACCACUAUUAAAACUUCUUUUGAAUGUAAAUAAUUGGUUAAAUGCUUGUGUGGCCGGUGAACGUGCAUUUGCAGUAUUUAAAGGUGUUUCAUUUCGAAAAGAAGCAAGUAAACAAACAGCUGAAUGGAUUAUCGUAUGUUUGAUUGUGAUCAAUAUCAUUCUACUUAUUCCUCAAACAUUUCAUUUACGCUUAUUUUAUGAUCAAAAAGAAGAUCGAACUUGGUGUGUCAUUCUCUACUCGGAAUUAUUAAAUAACUACAAUUCAUUUAGUUUAUUUUUUCAUUUUUUUUCACCAUUUAUUAUUAAUUUAUUCUCUGCACUAUUUAUCAUUAUUGGUACAGCACAUCAACGAGUUGUUUCUCAAAAUCAACACAAAUUCACCAAUCAUUUUAUCAGUAAAUUCAAACAACAUAAACAUUUAUUGAUUAGUUCGGUGAUUCUUCUCAUUUUAUCUUUACCACGUUUGAUCAUUUCCUUUACAUUGAAUUGUAAAAAAUCAUCCGAUCACUUCUGGUUAUAUCUAUCGGCAUAUUUUGUUUCAUUUUUGCCAUCAAUGUUNAAAUUCAAACAACAUAACCAUUUAUUCAUUAGUUCGGUGAUUCUUCUCAUUUUAUCUUUACCACGUUUGAUCAUUUCCUUUACAUUGAAUUGUAAAAAAUCAUCCGAUCACUUCUGGUUAUAUCUAUCGGCAUAUUUUGUUUCAUUUUUGCCAUCAAUGUUGAUAUUCAUCGUCUUUGUUUUACCGUCGCCAAUUUAUAAAAAGGAGUUUACACAAUUUUUAUCACGUAUUCAACGACGUUAUGCGCUAUUCAAUGGAAAUAUUUAA